GUAAAGCUGCAAAAUGUCGCAGCAGCCACAUCCUUAAACCUAGAAAUCGGCUGUCAGAAGCUUGACUUUAUCAUGAGUGAAAGAUAAGAUGGGCACGAGACUUCUGUGUCGUGUAUGAACUCUGAGCAGGCGACAUACGCCAGAUCGCUGAUGGUUUACAGAGUCACGUCCUGGCGCCUGAGGACAUCGCCUUGGCAUCGCGAGGCCCUUCCUGUCGCGCGGUGAGGCGCCCUUGGCCCAGGCACCUUCCCAGCCCCACCUAAGCCAUGAGAGCAGCAGCUGUGACUGCCUCGGCGAUGGGCGGCACCGCCACCAGACCCCCUGGCCGGCGGGAUGCUGAAGACAUGGCAUCGGUGCACCCGCCGCCGCGGCCCGCCGACAUUUGCCCGACCUGCGGUGGCAGCGGCCAUGCUGCUCCCGCCGUGAGAGCCAAGCUGCGGGAGGUGCCGGCGCUGCCACGUCACCUGGCGGCGGCGCUGGAGCCGGCCCUACAGGAAUAUGUAAGGAGCCACGCCAUGCCGUCCUCGCAUCGGGUGCUUUACGACCGGUUUGUGCACGACAUACGGCAGGCGCUCCAAUACGCGAUUGGCAAGUGGAACCUGGGGGACCUCACCGUUAAGCUGGAUGGCUCCCUCACGCACCGUACGGACAUCGCGGGCAGUGACGUGGACCUGGUCAUUGAGAUCUACGGCGCGGACAGCCUGUCCAAGAGCGUACGGCGCUUGCUGUACAAAGCCAUCCGGCUCUGGCUGGUGUGCAUGUGCGGCGGCCGCUAUCGCUGCGUCCUCAUCGCCAAAGAGCUGCGCAAGAGCGCUGAGCUGGAGGCGCAGGUGGCGGCGGCGGCGGCGCGCGCCUGCCGCGUGGCGUCGCACCGCGGCUGCGGCCGCUGCGGCGGGCUGGGCGGCCUCCUCCUCGCGUGCGGGGUGCCGGCGGAUGGAGGGGCUGGCGAGGCUGCAGGCGCUGCUGCUACUGCCGGCGCCCCUGCUGGUGGUGCUGCUACUGCCGGUGCCCCUGCUGCUGCUACUGCCGGUGCCCCUGCUGGUGCAGCUACUGCCGCGUGCGACGCGUGCGGGUGCUGUUGGUCGGGCCAGGCCUGCGGCAGCGGCCACAGCUACGGCGGCGGCGGCGGCGGCGGCGGCGGCUGUGGGCCAGGCGGCGAUGGUGGUGAUGAUGAGGAUGAGGCGGAGGAGGAGGCGCAGGGUGUGUCGCUGAGUGCGGACCUGCUGUUUGAAUCGGCGUCGGUGGCGGUGCCGCUCGGACCCAUGGUUCUGCCCACGCAGCCGCUGGCGGAUCCUGGGAAAGAGGCGCGGGCGCAGACGGCGAUGAGGGCACUCAAGAUCCUGCAAACGGAGGCUGACAGCCUGUCCCGCAUGCCCAGCUAUGUCCACGAGGCAUUAGUCAUGCACGUGGCAAUGGACUGCCGCCCCGUCCCCGAGCACCUCACCACCACCGCCCCGGCGGCGGCAGUAGCAGCAGCGGCCGGCGGCAGUAGCACCGCUACCAGCAGCAGCGGCGGCGGCGGUGGCGGCGGCGGCGGCGGUGGCGGCGGCGGCGGCAGUGGCGGCGGCGGCGGUGGCGGCGGCGCCGGGCCGCCGUCCUCGAGGGCGCAGCUGCCGGAGCCAACCGAGUUUGCGAUCCAGGCGCUGUACAUGGUGCUGGGCCUGUUCGCGGCGGAGCGCGGCAGCGCCCGCGCCCUGGACGAACACGUGCACCCGCACUGCGCAGUGCCGUGCGGCUACCUGUUCGACCGCGGCGUCUAUAGCAACUGGUUGCUGCGAGCCAAGCGCCUGCGCAGGGACUUGUACACACUGGCACUGUUCCUGCAUGAGCGGGCGGCGGCGGCGACGGCGGCUGGUGGUGGUCAGCUGCCGCUGGUGUCGCUGCAGGAGGCGGCGGAGCUGUUGGGUCGCAUCAUCAGGGGGCGCCGGCGCGCCGCUGCGGCGGGUGUUGGUGUUGAUGGUGGUGGUGGUGGUGGUGGUGCCGGCAGCGGGGCCGCGGGUGACGGCGGCGUGGAGGGGGACCAGCAGCAGGGGGCGGAGGAGGAGGUGGAGGAGGAGGAGGCGGAGGAGGAGGAGGAGGAGGAGGCGGAAGAGGAGGCGGAGGAGGAGGAGGAGGAGGAAGAGGAGCUGAACAACGCCAGCGGGGCAGAAGGCGAAGAGGACCUCACGAUAGAGGCGCAGGAGGAGCAGGAGGAGGAGUGGCUCGAGCAACUGAGGCAGCAGCAGCAGCAGCAGCAGCUGGCGGCGGCGGUGGCGGAAGCAGAAGCAGCAGACGAUGAGCUUCGCGACCGCGGCGGCGGCGGUGGCGGCGGCGGCGGCGUUGACUUGGACGAGCUGGCGGCGGCACUGGCGGGUGAGGGAAGGCAGUUGGUGGAUGAGUUCCUGGCCAGGAAAGCGGAGGAGGUGGCUCACGUGAUGCGGACACGCACGCGGCAGAGCAGUGGCGAGGGGCCGCUGAAGGUGUUGGCGACGGAGGCGGAGCGGGCGGCGUGGGUGGAGGCGCUGCAGCGGGAUCCGCCGCCGCCGCCGCCGCGGACACCGCCGCCACCUGAGAUGCAGGCGCAGCGGCAGCGGCAGCGGACGCAUCCGCAUCUGCAGCUGCUGAUGCAGCAGCAGCAGCAGCAGCAGCAGCAGCAGCAGCAGCAGCAGCAGCAGCAGCAGCGGGAGCAGCAGCGAGGGCAGGGGCAGGAGCAAGGGCAGCAGCAGAUGCCGUCGCCUUCCGCGGCUUCAGCCACGCGGGCUCCUUCAUCCUCGCAGCCGUCGUCACCCACAGCCGCGUCGUCCCCGCCACCACCAUCAUCAUCGCAGCAGCGGCCUUCAGCGGUGCUGCUAUCCAGCAGUGGCGACAACGGCGGCGGCGGUGGUGACGGCGGCGGCGGUGGUGACGACGGCAGUAGUGGCGACAACGGCGGCGGCGGCGGUGGUGGUGACGGCGGCGGUGGUGACGACGGCAGCGGUGGUGACGACGGCAGCGGUGGUGACGACGGCAGCGGUCGGGAUGACUCAGUCUGUGCAGCACCCGCAGGGGCAGCAGCGAGUGAUGAGGGCGCUGACCAGUCAGCGGCCGCAGUUGCUGCUACUGCCGCCGCGCUCGUGCCGCACACGCCUGCCGCUGGCGGCAGCAGCACCCCAGGCCCCACUGGCGGCAGUAGCACCCGUGCAAGCACCGGCGCUACCGCCAGCAGUAGCACCAGCACCAGCACUUCGGUGCGGAGACGUCGGGAGCUGCCUGGCACUCCCGUGCGGCCCAGGGCGACUGCUACUGCGGCUGGGGCUGAGGCUGUGGCUGCUACUGCGGCUGAGGCUGGGUUGGAGGCGGAGGCGGAGGCGGAGGCUGCUACUGCGGCUGAGGCUGAGGCUGCUGCUACUGCUGGCGGUGGCGACGAAGCCGAUAGCGCCCACAGGCCAGCCAGGGCAGCCAGGGCAGGCGAGGGCGCGGCGGCAAGGCCUGCCACAACAGCUACUGCUGGGGGCACGGCUGCUGCUGACAGUGGCAGUAGCACCACCGGCGGCAGUAGCAGCGACGGUGCCGCCGCCACCCUGGCGUUGGGACCCUCGCCCAGCAGCAGUAGCAGCGAGCUCGCUGAGCGGCGAGGCCGUGCCGCGGUACGGCCGCUGCCGGGAACGCCCGUUGCUGCAGCGAACGGCAGUAGCAGCAGCCGCGGCGGCGGCGGGCUAGGCGGCGGCGGCGACCCGCCCUCGCCGUCAGCGCUGCCGCCGGUGCCGGCCGCACUGCUUGCGCGGCGUCACUCUUUCUCGUCUCCUCCUGGCGGGCAUGCAGUCGGCGGCGGCGGCGGCGGCGGCAGCACCGCCACCGAGGCGGCUGGCUCGGCUGGAUCAGAAGACGCAGCAGGAGGCAGCGCCACUCGCACCCAUGUCCGCGACUACAUCUCCCACACCGCCGCCGCCGGCGCAGAUGCGGGCGCGAAUGCGGAUUCCGGUGCGAGGUCGGGCGCUGGUGCGGGUGCGGGUGUGGAUAUGAGGUCGAGUGCGGGUGAGGACGUGGCUGGCGCAGCUCCUGGCGGCAUCGGUGAUGGCGGCGGCGGUGGCAGCGGCGGCGGCGGUGGUGGCGGCGGCGGCGGCGCCUUGUCGCAAACAGCGGACACAGAGCUGAAGGAAGCCUGGGGGGUUACCGAGGUUACGGGGGACGCGGCAGCACCAGCAGCAGCAGAAGCAGCAGAAGCAGCAGAAGCAGCAGAAGCAGCAGCAGGUGGGGCGGGGCGGCAAUGUGGUGGAGGCGGACCGGACCUGGCAGUGCCGCCGCCAGCACCACCUGCUCCCCACCUCCGCCGCCGCCACAGGACACACCCGCUGUCGGGCCUGUACAGGCACCCACGGGCGGCGGCCGCAGGGCGGCAGUGCUUCAUGCGCUGCGGCGUCGGUGGCGGCGGCGGCAGUAGCGGCGGCGGCGGAGGCGGCGGUGGGACACCCAGCGGCAGUAGCGCCGCCGAGGCGGGUAGGGCCAACUGGUACCAGAUGGUGCGGGCGGCACACGUGGUGGCGGCGGUGGCGGCGCCGGCACGGGCGGCGGCGGCGGCGGCGGCGGCGGCGGCGCCGGGAGCGGUACCAGAAGCUGCGCAGGUAGGUGCAGGAGUGGAGGUGGGGCAUGGCGGGGCGGCGGCGGCAGCAGCCGCAACUCCACCACUGCCGCAAGGACCAGCACCAGCAGUAGCAGGAGCACCAGCAUCACCAGCAGCCGCAGUAGCAGGGGCGCAGCAGCAGCAGCAGCAGCGCCAGCCCGCGGUGCGCGAGCUGCCACAGCCGCCGCCGUCACAGCUGCACGACGGGCUUCAUGCGCACCUCGCCUCCACACACCAGCGACUGCACGCGCACGUGCAAGCCUUCCUGGGCCAACAGCCUGGGCCGCAGCCGCCGGCGCCACAGCCGCCACAGCUACAGCCGUCACAGCCGCUACAGCCACAGCCGUCACAGCCACCACAGUCACCGCAGCUCGGCACCCACCCCGCCGCGUCACAGCUGCAGCCGCCUGCGAUGGCAGCAGCGGCGGCGGCGCCGGCGUCGGUAGCAUUAGCGCCCGCACAGCCGGCGCCACAGGAGCAACGACCACAACACACGCCCCCACACGCGCCGCCACCACCCCCAGCGCCGUCGCCACAGCGGCUGGCAGCAGCGGCGAGGCCGGCGGCGUCGGCCACGGCAGCGGCGCGCAGUGGUGCGGCAGUGGGGCAAGCGCCGGCGCCAGGCAUGUCGCGGCCACAGGCUGCUGGUGCGGGUGCAAGCAAGCGUGCGGGUGCGGGUGCGGGUGCGGGUGCGGGUGCGGGUGCGGGUGCAAGCAAGAGUGCGGGUGCGGCCUGGGAGCAGACCGGCGCAUCGGUGAUGGCUGGGUGGGGGUCCGACGGCAGCAGCAGCGGGGACGGCGAGGGCCAGGGCGGGGGUGGGGGUGGGGGUAUGGGUGAGGGACCCGCGGGCGCAGAGGCUGCCGAUGGCGCGGAGGGCAGCAGCGGGAGCCGCCGCCGUUGGCCGGCGGCAGAGCCGCGGGAGGAGCGCCUCCGCCUCAGCAGCCCUCGCACCUGCAUCAGCACCAGCGCCAGUGCCACGGGCAGUCGCGUCGGCGCCGACGGUGGCGGCGGCGGCGGCGGUUCCGCCAGUGGCUCGCCCUGGUAUGCUCGCGACGGUCCGGAGUGGUUGGUGUUAAACCGCUACCAGGAGUUAGUAUUGCGCCCAUCGCCGCCACUGGCGCUAGCAGCGCGGCAGCAGAACGCGCAGCGGCUCGGCGCCGACGGCGACGAUGACGGCCGCAGCAGCAGCGGCAGCAACGCGGGCGGAGGGAUAGGGGCGGAUGAGGAGGGCGAGGGGGGAGGCGCCGGGGAAGAGGCGCGGCGCGGGGAGGAAGAGGAAGGGGACGAGGCUGCUGUGGGUAUGGAGGAGGAGGAGGAAGAGGAGGAGAGCGGGGAGUGGGACGAGGAGGAGAGCAGGGACGACGGAGCGCAGUCGCGGCGCGAGCAUGCCGAGCCGUUCGAAGGGCCACCUGCGCAGCAGCAGGCACAGCAGGGUGCAGGACAGGAGGCGGAGCAAGAGGCGGAGCGGGAGGCAGGGGUGGAGGAGGGAGAGGCAGGGGUGGAGGAGGGAGAGCAGCACGACGCGCCCGCAGCGCAGCUGCUGGCUGGCGGAGGUGCCGUGGGCGGCACUCCGCUGCAGGCUGCUGCCGCCGCCGCCGCCGCCGCCGCCGCCGCCGGGGCCGGGGCCGGCCUGGUCGACCUGACCCCCGGGAAGCUGCACGCGCUGUACGCGGCGGCGUGUGACCAGGUGGUGGGACUGGCGGACGCGGAGCAGCGGCGGCGGCUGAGCGACAGGCUGCGGAGGCGGCAGCAGCUGCCGCGGCAGCGCCAGGAGCCGCAGGAGGGGCAGCAGCAGCAGCAGCAGCAGCAGCAGCAGGAGGGGCAGAAGCAGAAGCAGCAGGAGGGGCAGCAGCAGCAGGAGGAGGGGCAGCAGCAGCAGCAGGAGGGGCAGCAGCAGGAGGGGCAGCGGCGGACUAGUUCAAAGCUUGGUGCCGGGGAGGAGGGACGUUCUGCGGACGCGGAUGAGGAGGAGGGGGCCGAUGAGAUCGUAUACCUGCCUCGCACCGCCGCCGCCGGGGCCGCUGCGGGGGCCGUCAGGGCUGCUGGGGCCGCCCGGCGGGGUCGAUGAGCGGAUUGGAGUCAGCAGGAGGCGGAGCCGGGUAGUCAUUAGGCAGCAGGGGUGUUGCAAUUUUGUUAAGGGCGCAGGCACCGGUUGGAUCGUUGCGGGGCAGGCGGGCGGCAUGACAUAUGCAUGUGUGGCGUCACUCUCGUGCUCAAAGACGUUUUUGCUAUGUCACCAAGUCAUCUGAGUGGAUAUUGAUUGAAUGAGCUCUGAUAGCCUGAUGUGCUGGCGACGGCCGGCCGGGUCACUGUCCCCUGGCAGAAUGAUUGAAUGUGAUAGCUGAGUUGAGCGCGCCGAGAGCCGGGGUGGUGGAAGCGCCGGCGUGUCAGACGUCACCGACGGCGCACUUUCGCUGUCAGUAGAGGUGAUGAUGCAGAUUGUGAUAAGGAGCCAAGAUGAGUCUGCUUUGGAUUCGUGAGUGCCGGGAAACACGGAGACACGGAGCUAUGAAUGCGGAUGUUACAGAGGGGACAGUCCCAGCACCCGAAGACGCCGAGCCAUCACAUGCUAUCAGGGCCCAACAUGACUCCACCAACCCCGACUUUGCUGCAAACCCUCCCGCGGGCAA